AGUUUAUCCAUUCUUUUUUUCAGAAUUUUAAACAUAUUUUUGUUAUGUAAUAUGUUUAGGGAACCGCAGCUAAGUUGGCAUAUUUAUACUGUCGCUGCUGGGGAAAAGUUUUUGUUCCCCCCUGACCUCCGUCUCCUCUGUAAACUAGUUCUCCUAUGCGCUCGGGUUCGGUUCGGUUCGGUUCGGUUCUGGUUCUGGUUCCCCUCGUGUCACAGCUAAACUAGAACCUGAUCUGUGUGUGCCUGUGCGAACUGGACCGAUCUGAACCAGGUUCGGUUCUGGAUCCCACAGAACGGUUGAUCGGCUCUUUCCGCCCUCGAGCUUCUAAGCGGUUGUCAUGGUGACCGGGUUCCCGCCGCUGGUCGCGCGCCGCAGUGAGUCGGAGGGAUGGUGAGUCACCGCGAGCUGCUCCGACGAACACGGAGCGGUACCAGUCGCGACCGACAACAGAACCAGAACCCCUAGACAGACCGAACCGCUGGCACCGACACCCGGACCGGGACCCGCCGGCGGUCUGCUGUCCGGCUGACCGCGGCCGAGGUCCGCAGUGACGUCACAUAUAGCGGUGUGUCGCGGGGACAUUAAUCGGGACACACUGUUGCUGAGCGCGAGGCCACGGCUGCAGCCAGCGGAACCGGUUCCGUCAGACCCAAAACCGCUGGACUCCCUUCAACCUUCAGGACCACAGGAACUGUUGAUGCUGAAGGCCAACAUGUUGCUGCAGCCACCGGAAGCCUGCAGCAACCAGAACCAUCGGAGCAACUGAGACCAGAACCAGGGGAGCAACCGGAACCAGCGGAGUCCAGAACCCCCUGAGACUUCAGCAUCUCCACAGGCCAGCAGUGUGGCAGAUUCCAGUUGAACGUGAAUCCUCCUCCCCCUGCAGACCCCCUGCGGUUCCCACAGGUAGAUUACAGAUGGACGUCUGUCCUCCUGGUUGGACGGAUGGACUCUGACUGAUCAGCCACCAACAAGAUGAACCGGCUGGUGGAGGCGGAGCUUGGCCAGGAGAUUGAGGGCAAGGUCCAGACCUGGGCUCAGUCUCUGGUCUACACCGUGGAGGAGCUGGAGUGUAAGAUCUGCUACAACCGGUACGACACCCGGAGCCGGAAACCCAAACUGCUGGGCUGCCUGCACCGCGUCUGCGCCAAGUGUCUCAGGAAGAUGGUGGACAUGGGAGACGCUUCGCCCACCGUCAUCAGCUGCCCGUUCUGCCGCCACGAGACCUUCGUCCCCGAUGAGGAGGUGUGGCUGAUGGAAGAUGACCGACACAUCAUGGCGGUUCUGUCCUGUCAGGACCGAGUCCAGCAGGACGGAUCAGCAGUUAAAGAUGGCGGCAGUUCAGAGGUGGUGUUGAGUCCCACUGCUCUGAAAGCAGCAGCAGCCGCGGGGACGGACGCGUCCCUCCGGUCCUCAGACUGCCUGGUCAUCACCAUCAUGCAGCUGCCGGACGACUCCCCGUCCCCGUCCCCGUCCCCGUCCUCGGUCAGCAUGAUCAAUGUGGUCGGUCUGUACCGGCCGCCCAGCCUGGACUCGCUGCCCUGCAGCUUUCCGUCUCAGAAGUGUCGCGCCUGGACGUCCCGCAGCUUCCCACGCUGCCUGCUGGGGGCGCUGUGCAUGGUGUACUUCAGCUCGCUGCCUCUGGGGAUCUACCUGCUGAUGAUGGGCCAGCUGCUGCUGGGCGUGGUUCUGGUCAGCCUGGUGCCGUCCACGCUGCUGCUGCUCGUUCUCUACGGAUUCUGCCAGUGCAUCUGCCACGAGGUGAGGGAGGCGAUCGCUGCGCGCAGGCUGCCAUGACGAUAACAAAGGCUGCUGCCAUGGCAACGAGGACACCAGAGCGGCGAAGCCACAGAAACACAAGACCUGAACUCUCAGCUGAUUCCUGAUUGGUGGAGGCGGUAAAGGCCCCGCCUCUUUUGAGCACCAGCAUCACUUUCUUGGCCAAAACAGAGACGGACCAGAAGUUUCAUCCUCACAGCCAGAGAGGGACGGGCUGGAAACUCCUGUUAGCAUGUUGCUAAUAACAUGCUCUGUAACAAUCUGUAUGUAAAUAUGUAAUUCUGUUUGUCAGUGAACCUCCUGACCACCAGGAAUAUUCCCAGUUUAACAAAAUAACCCAAACAUUGGAGACAUGCUAGCCUAGCCUAGCACGUAGACUGGUGAAAAUGGAUGUUAGGCUAAUGUAGCGCAAACACAAGAAAUGUUGGUAAAUGCUAUGGGUUAGGACUGAGUUAGCAUAAGGACAGUAAUAACAGGAAAGCAUUAGCAUAGCUUAGCACAAGAAUGGUAAACAGAGAGAAUGUGUUGAAUUUAGCAAAAAGACAGAGAAAGGGUUAACCUAGCUUAGCAAAAUACUGGAAAUUAAGGUAAAGUAUUACCAUAGCUUAGCAUAAAAAGUAGGAAUUAAGUGUUUUUCCAUCUUUGCAAAAUGAUUGUAAGUGAAAGUGUUAUGCUAGCUCAGUAUUAAAACAAAGCAAAGUGCAAGUGCUAGCUUAGCUUAGCAAAAUAACUGGAAGGGAAAGUGUUAGCCUAGCUUAGCAUGAAAAGUGAAAAAUGUUAGCCAUGGACAAAGAUAAGAAACAAAGUUGGGUAAUUUCUGUUUUCUCCUAACAUGAUGCUAAAUUCAGUUCUGUUGUCCGUCUCUGACUUCGCUACCGUUUCCAGUAUUUGUGCUAAGCUAACUGUAUUUUUGCUGAACCGAUUAUCCGCUGAAGCUCUGCAGAUAAUCGGUUUAAUUUCCUGUCAAAGUGCCAAUGUUUGACUUGAUCACUAAUCAAUAGUGUGUUAAUCAUGUGGCGAUUUGGACCUCCUGCCACUUCCUGUCCGUGUCGCAUGCGGACUGCCGACUUUUGUAGAAACUAAUAAAUGUAACGGAGACAAAACCA